AUGGAGGAUAUUCAGCAAUAUCAUUAUACACCUCUUCUCGAGCCUGAUGCAUUUCGUGUCAUCGUCAUUCACCCUGCCUUAUCCAUCGAAUCAUCUUUAUCAUGCAGCUUAAUUCAUUCUACCCUGUUCCAUUACGAUCAAUCUCUCAUAGAUCAUUACAUAGCACUUUCUUACGUCUGGGGAGAUGCAAAUAACAGAAAGAUAAUAUUGGUCGAUCAGAAACCACUACUUAUCACCGCAAGUCUUGCUUCAGCAUUACGGUAUUUACGAGAUAAAAAGACAGAUAUAGCGGUAUGGGCAGAUGGAAUCUGUAUAAAUCAAUUCGACAUUGAAGAAAAGAAUAAGCAAGUUAGCUUGAUGAGCUUGAUUUAUGAAGUUGCAAGGCAUACUGUCAUAUUCCUUGGAGAAACAACUUCAGAAACUGAUGAAAUCUUCAAAUUACUUGACUCUCCAAUGUCCUCAAUGACGAAGCAAACGAAACCUGGAUUUCUAUCUAAUGUUCGAAAAUCGAACACUACCGAUCAGACGUUUAAUCUACACUCAGGAGGAUACAUAAAAUCAAAGAUCGAUGAUCUAAUUCGUCAGGUAAUAGACAUGCCAUGGUUCAGAAGAAUUUGGAUUCUCCAAGAACUAAUCCUUUCCGGUGAUCCCUGGGUACAAGUGGGAUUUCAUCGACUCAGAUGGCAAGACUUUACGAGACUGAUUCUUGACUCCAAGCAUAAUUCUGCUUUGGUCAAGUCUCCAAAUUAUAAUGUUCUCAACGAUAUGCACAUGUUACGGGAAAUUUCUGCAGCGGAGACUCUGGAUUCCUUCGGCCCUUGUGACUAUCUGCUCAAGAUCCUCCACUCGCGUCGUGGUCAUGGAGUCUUCAAUCCAAGAGACAUGUUGUACGGACAUCUCGCCUUAUUUGCAAAUAGAACGAAGAGCGACAAUCUGGAAAUCGAAAAACUCGUCGAAAUCGAUUAUCAAAAAUCAAUAGCAGAUGUAUACACGGACUUGACAUUAUAUAUCUUAAAUCGGCAAUGUGAUUUUAAGUUCCUAUCGCACGUGGAAGAUGUGGAAUUUGAGGAGAAGAAAUUUAAUCUGCCGACUUGGGUACCGGAUUGGACUUCUAAAGGAAUUUUUAGAGACGGGGAGUGGCAUUCGUGGAGAACAAAGUCACGUAGCAGGAUUCAUGAUAUAAGUGAUAUACAUGUUGUUCUGGGGGAGAAGGCGGUAUUGGGUUGCAUUGGAACAAGGGUUGGUAGUGUCGAAAUGAUCAAGAAUGACAUUCCGAAGAGGAAGGAUGUUUUUGCUUUGUGUCAUGAAAUCAAGAAUUUUCCUGGAGGGGAAAGUUCUCGACACCAUCCAGUUGAUACUUACAAGGGAAUACUUGAGCUCGUCUGCAGAUAUUUCUGUGCGUGGUUCAAUACCUCAGAGACUUCACCCUAUAAUCUUAUCUCAGAAGAUAUGGCAAAAAUCCUUGAAGACGCCUACUCAAGCGCUACAGAGAGUUUCUUGCAAAGAAUGGAACUGGUUUCCAAAAUCGCGGAUCCCGCAGAUCUAGAGCCCUUGAGAGAUUAUUCGGGAAUGUUGGAAGUUGAAGGACACCCGACAACUUUAUGGAUGUACGUAUUAAUGGGCAUGACGGAUGUCAACGGAAAUUUUCUUGCCGGCAAGAAACUUGCGGCUUUGGGCAAUGGGAAAAUUGCACUAGUGAGUGUGCGAGCGGAAGUGGGAGAUGAGAUUUGGAGGUUUAAUGGGGAGGAAGAGGGGUUGUAUUAUGUCUUGCGGGGCUAUGAUGGUGAAGAGGGCGAUAAGCGGAUUGAGAAGAAUAAAAGGGAAGGGGAAAAGGAUGGUAGAGCGGAGAUGGACAGAAGAAUCGAGGAAUUUUUUGAGAGGAAGAAAAAGGAGGUUAUGGUGAAAUAUGUAGACUGUGGGGAUGAUGGACGACUUCUUUGGCGCGAGAGGAUUUUUAAGGCGAGUAGAUGUUUUUCCGUUUUUAGAAACAGAGAUUAUUUGUGGAUGGCGAAUUCACUAUUGAGAGCAGCACGAGUGUUGGCAAACCUUGGGGAUGAGGGGAAUAACGAUGGAGGAGGGAAGAGAAAUAGGAAAAAGGAACUGGAAGAGAACUUGAAGAGAAAAAUGGAAACGGUUGUUGGGAAUUUGCUGAACGAGAUGACAAGGUUUCCAGAUCUUUAUCCAGCUAAACAAUCUGACAUAAGGAAUGAAGAGGUGAUUCUUUUGAAAACAGAUGUGGGCAGAGUGUGGACGGGAACGGGAACGGGGGGAGUGAAUCAUGUUAGGUAUGUGGGGGAGUGCAUCCUUGGUCCUGAAUUGAGGGACGGAGAGAUAGGAAUGGGGAGAGGGACGGCGUAUCAUAAAAGACAACAAGAUUACGAUAAGAGGGACAGAGAGCUCUUUGAAAAUAUUGAGAAGAUGAGAGAAUGGUGGAAAUUGGGAUUGGGGGUUCCGAGCGAGAGUUUGGAUGAAGAAGGAGAGUAUGAAAAUGGGUGGCUCGAAGACGGGCUGGAGGAAUGGAGGAAAUGGACUGGAAAUUACCCUCCCGACGAAGGCUUCUACGCUGACGACCCUGAAUACGCAAAAGACAUAGCAAGAGUACAAAGAAGAGUUUUUGAUAUGAAAGAUUGGAAGAAAUUUACACAGCCGCUGCGGUAUGAGAUUCUCGCGAUUCAUUGAGAGUAGAAUGGAAGAGGGGGAAGAAUCAGAAUAUGGAUAUAGCUGUCAUACAUGGAGAUGAAUCUAUCCAAUUGUGACACAAAACUGCAUAGCACGGUAUGGUACAGUUUUCACGAGGAUCGUUUCAUAUAGGGGAAAUUUAAGCUGUCAUUUUUUGGUUAAUUGUUAGAUGAAAGAGAAGGGAAGGGAAGAAAAGGGGGGAGGAAUGAGUAUUCUAUCAUGAUGGUUUGAGAUUAUAAGAGAGUAGUAGAGUGAUAAUGGAAUGUCAAGAUAGC